CCUAUUUAUACUGAAGGUUUCAUCUCCACUUCCCAAAUUAUCUUUUGCUUUCAUUCUCCAUUUCCUCUCCUCUUCCAUCAGACUCUCCUAUACAUUUUUCUCUGAUGGAAGCCAAAGGUUACACCCAAGAUGGCACUGUUGAUCUCCAAGGCCGCCCAGUGAUCGCCUCCAAGACUGGGAAAUGGAGGGCUUGUGCUUUUCUUGUUGGCUAUGAAGCUUUUGAAAGGAUGGCCUUCUAUGGAGUAGCCUCCAAUUUAGUAGUUUACUUGACUACACAACUUCAUGAAGACAAUGUUUCCUCUGUGAGGAAUGUGAACAACUGGUCAGGAUCGGUGUGGAUGACACCAAUCCUUGGAGCCUACAUAGCAGAUUCCUACCUGGGCCGGUUCUGGACUUUCACUGUAUCAUCCCUCAUUUAUGUCCUGGGGAUGGUGCUUCUAACAAUGGCAGUUUCACUUAAAUUCUUGAAACCAACUUGUGCAAAUGGAGUCUGCAACAAGGCUUCUACUUCCCAAAUAGCGUUCUUCUACUCGGCUCUCUACAUCAUAGCUGUUGGCUCAGGUGGAACAAAGCCCAACAUAUCCACCUUUGGCGCGGAUCAAUUUGACGAUUUCAAUGCCAAGGAGAAAGAGCUCAAGGUCUCAUUCUUCAACUGGUGGAUGUUCAGUUCCUUUUUAGGCGCUUUAUUUGCAACGCUUGGCCUUGUGUACAUACAAGAGAACCUGGGAUGGGGAUUAGGAUAUGGUAUCCCUACAGUUGGUCUUCUACUAUCGCUCUUCAUAUUCUACAUAGGGACCCCAAUAUACAGGCACAAAGUUAGGAAGAGUAAAAGCCCUGCACGAGACCUAAUUAGAGUCCUCAUUGCAGCCUUCAAAAAUAGGAAGCUUACGCUGCCUACACAGCCAUCUGAGCUUCAUGAACUUGAGCUGCAGCAUUACAGUAGUAGUGGGAAAAGGCAAGUCCAUCACACCCCAACUUUCAGUUUCCUGGACAAGGCUGCAAUAAAAGAAGGCAACAUGGGUACCACAAGGCCCCCCUGCACAGUGACUCAAGUGGAAGGAACCAAGCUUGUUUUUGGGAUGAUCAUGAUAUGGCUAGUAACUCUAAUCCCUAGUACCAUCUGGGCACAAAUCAACACUCUGUUUGUCAAACAGGGUACCACUUUGGACCGGCACCUUGGCUCAAGCUUCCGAAUUCCAGCAGCCUCCCUAGGGAGCUUUGUUACCCUCUCCAUGCUCCUCUCUGUGCCAAUGUAUGACCGCUACUUUGUGCCUCUCAUGCGUCGUAAAACUGGGAAUCCUAGGGGAAUCACAUUGCUUCAAAGGAUUGGCAUAGGAUUUAUGCUCCAAGUUAUAGCUGUUGCAAUCGCCUAUGGUGUGGAGCUCAGGAGGAUGCAUGUCAUAAGAAUUCACCAAGUUGUAGGGCCUAAAGAAGUUGUCCCCAUGAGCAUAUUUUGGCUACUGCCCCAAUAUGUUCUGAUAGGAAUUGGAGACGUGUUUAACGCCAUUGGAUUGCUGGAGUUCUUCUAUGAUCAGUCUCCAGAAGACAUGCAGAGCCUUGGUACUACAUUCUUCACAAGUGGGAUAGGUGUUGGGAACUUCUUGAACAGCUUUUUGGUGACAGUGGUGGACAAAAUCACAAGGAGAGGAGGUGGGAAGAGUUGGAUUGGGAAAAACCUGAAUGACACUCACUUGGAUUACUACUAUGGAUUCCUUUUGGUCAUAUCUGCCCUCAAUUUAGGGGCUUUUCUUUGGGCAUCAGGUAAGUAUAUUUACAAAAGGGAAAACAUAGAAGUGUAUGUGGAUGGUGUUCAAGUGGAAAGCAAAGCCUUGGACACAUCCCCUCUAGCUAUACAAGUAUGAAGAAAUUCCAGGGCUGUGGAAGAGCCUAUAAGCUUAAUUUUCUUUGUAACAUUGAGUACAACACUUAAUGCCUUUGAUUGCUUGUUUUGCUCAGUUGUGUAAUAUCUACUAUGCAAGAAUGUAUCAUAACUUUGAUCAUCAUCUAAUAAGGCUCUAGUUCAGAUUAUUAUCAUCA